AAAGAAUAUCCAACCGUGUCAUUAGAUCGAUUUGACAAAGAUAAUAUAAAUGCCAGAGCUUAUUUUUUGUCUCACUGUCAUAAAGGUAGGAUUUUAACAGUAUCAUAGCUAGUGCGCGAGAGUAACUGCUGUUCCAGAUGUCGUUCUUCUGUUGAGCUUCGUUUUAGAAAAUACUUUUACAAAAGCAACAUUGAAAACUUUUAUUAGUUUCAUUAAACUCGUUGCUAUUAAAGCACAAAACAUUACACGUAGUCUCACAUUUUUUUUUUUUUUUUUUUUACACUUUAUUUCCUGCAGAUCAUAUGAAAGGACUGAAAGCUCCAGCUCUGAAAAGGAGGCUGGAAUGCAGGUUGCCAUUGAAGUGGAAACACCAACACAGAUUUCAUUAAUAGAUGAGGCAUCAGGCGAGAAAGAAGAUGUUGUGGUAACACUUCUUCCAGCUGGUCAUUGCCCAGGGUCAGUCAUGUUUCUGUUUGAAGGUAACAAUGGGACAGUUCUCUAUACAGGAGAUUUCAGAAUGGCUAAGGGGGAAGCUGCUCGUAUGGAACUUUUACACUCUGGGGACAGAGUAAAAGACAUAAAGAGUGUUUAUCUUGACACAACUUUUUUUGACCCCAGAUUCUAUCAGAUACCAAGCAGGGAGGAGUGUUUAAAUGGAAUAAGGGAGCUGGUUAGAAGCUGGAUAACCCUCAGCCCAUAUCAUGUGGUGUGGUUAAACUGCAAGGCUGCCUAUGGCUAUGAAUACCUUUUCACCAACCUCAGCGAUGAGUUUGGAUUACAGGUCCAUGUCAAGAAUUUAGACAUGUUCAAAAAGAUGCCUGAAAUCCUCUAUCAUGUGACCACUGACAGGACGACUCAGAUACAUGCAUGCAGACAUCCAAAGGAUGACGAGUUCUUCAGAGGAAAUAGGUUGCCAUGUGGUAUGUUUGCUAAAGAUGGGACUCCACUGCGUGUUAUCAGCAUUAAACCCUCCACCAUGUGGUUUGGGGAGAGAAGAAAGAAAACCAACGUCAUAGUGAGACAAGGAGCAAGUUCUUACCGAGCUUGUUUCUCCUUUCAUUCGUCCUACACUGAGAUAAAGGAUUUCCUUACUCAUAUCUGCCCUGUUGAGAUAUACCCUAGUGUAAUCCCAAUUGGCAGAACAAUAGAGGAUGUCAAAGAAAUCUUACGGCCACUGUGCAGAGCAAAUUCUGGAACUGGGGAGGUCAUUUAUAAACCACUGGGGGCUCUGAAACGAGCAAAAAUGAAAUUUGUAUCCCCAAUAGAAUCGGACAGUGAAGACCUUUUUGAUGACGUGCAUAUUUCUCCUUGGAGACGCAAGUUGCCUAUGAAACAACCCAAACCUGUGCAGCCUAAAAUGGAGAACCCAUCUGGAAUUCCUGCAAGAGCUCAGGCCAGCUGCUGUGGGGACAUUACUGAGAUGGAAACCAACUCCUCUACCCUGAAGGGAGAUUUCAUGGACUGUGAAGAAUCCAAUGAUGAUGAUGACGAUGAUGAGGACGAGGAAGAAACAUCUGUAAGCACUAUGGAGAAUGAUGCAAAGAAUUAUGCCAAGUCCUGUACAAAAUCUACUGACUUCCAACAGAAAUUACUAAACUCUUUAAAAGAAGAAACCAGUGAAGACCAGGAAAGCAAAGAACCUGUUACAGAUUUAAUUGCUAUCAAACCAGAAGUGCCGAAAUGGGAUGCUUUUUUUAAACCGGAACCAGUGUUGACGGAUGAAGGCUCUGAACUUGAGGACAGUCAGGAACAUUCAAGGAACAUUACUCAAUCCCAGUCGCCCAGUCUGUUCAGUGAUUCAGAUGAUGGGGACUCCACCCAUAUCUCCUCCCAGUCAACCCACCUCUCGGAACAAGGCAGUGAAGGCUGGGGCAGCCAGCAAGACACGGUGUUGGUAUCUUCUCAAGAACGGAAAGCUGAACAGUUAAAAUACUUUAAUAAGGAGUUGCAAACGUUGGGACAUAUAGCAUCCAGUGGAGAUCAAAAACUUGGCAAUUGCAACUUCUUCAAAGCUAAUGAGAGGCUCUUCAAUAGUGAUGAUAACCAGUCCUUCCCCUUGCACAAUUUAACAGAUAAAUUAGGAGAGACCAAGUCUGAAACAUAUAAAGAUAAAACCAUGGUUUCUCUUCUGGAAGUAAAAUCAGAAUCGCAGACAUCCUCUGAUUUUGAAAUUCCCUCUACUCCUGAUUCUGAGAUACCUCAGGCAGAACAGUUAAAUGACUUGUACAAAAAGCUGGCAGCAGGAGAGCCAGUAGUGGCUAAGAAUAGUAAAUACACAACCUAAGACUAUUUUAAGUACAAAACCAAACCAGAAAAACAAGGUUCACUUUUAUUUAGUAGUUAGGUGACAAAUGAUUGCUGCUGUUGCAUUGUCACUUAAUUCUAUUCAAAAACCUCAAGUGAAAUAGUUAAAUAAAUUGACCAAUAAAGCUUCAUAUGGAUUCCUCUGCUUAAUGUACAUAAUUACCUCAAUUUUUAAAAUGCAUUUUUAAUUUAUUAUACUCCAACCCUGGAUAUUCUUGAAAACUGUUGCAAUAAAUACAUGUUCCGUGCUGCUCUUGGCCAGAUGAGUCUGAACACAAAUUAUAUCUCAAUUACAUUACAAAUGGUUAUAUCAUGGCAUAUAAAUUAACAUUGUGUGUUAAGUUCUGUGUGUACUGUAUGAUGUUUUGUAUUUUUAUUCAACUUUGUCUGAAGGCUUUGAGUUAUAUUAAAGUGAUUUGUUAACCUAAACUUGACCUUUACUUUGUAACUGAUUUAAAGUACUUUCAUUCCAUAAUUUGAUGGUUUGAUUUAUUUUUUUGCUAAGAUAAUAUUGACUGAUGGCUUAUUAAACAGGCUUUAAAAAUGGGCAUGCAUUAAUAAACUCAA